AUGAUGUCGCUAUUUCUAAGGCCGUUAGCUAUGUGUCAAACAUAUUCACCGUUUAAUUAUCCAAACUUUGGCACAUCUUCGCCACUUGUACAAUCAGUACUUGAAGAUAUUUUCAAAAGUAUUCUCACGCCAAAUUCAAUGAUUCAUGCUGCUCAGUUACCCAUUCAUUUAAAUUCGCAACAAAAUACAAUGGAUUUACUUAAUGAACAGUCAUCACCAUCUGCGACACAAACAGUUAAAACGGCAAACAGAACUGAAUCAUCAUCGGAGGAUGAUAAAGUGUUACAAAAUGAACUUCAUCAGGAUCAAAGAAAUGCACUACACACUGUUCCUGUAACUCCAGUACCAUUUCCUGUUGCACCAUUUGUUACACAUGGACAGCAUUUAUUACGUCACCCAGGAAAUGCUGUUAGUCUUCCGCCGAAUGGUUAUCAGUCAGAACCACAGUUUCAUCAGCAUCAUCGAUAUGGACCACACGAGCAGCAUCACAAUCAUUAUAACGAUAAAAAUCAGCCAUUACAAAGAAAAAACUUCCGCCACUUCAAAGAGCAACGACAUGUUUAUUGUCCUGUGCCUGUUCUACCAUCGAUGACUAUGCAACCACCACCAAGUGGCAAUUUUUAUUCAGUGGCUCCAGUUGCUUCGCAGUUUGUCUCAAACAAUCGUCUAUCGCUAAGUGAUUCAAAGUCAACAACACCAAAUGGCGAUCGCUAUUUGUCUCCCGCACCAUCACCAGCCCCAGUACCGAUUCCAAACGCCGCUCAAUCAAUUCAUAUUCGUAAGAAUAAUACGGAACUUUCAUUAGCAACGACGACAGUAUCGCCAUUAUCCACUACAAAAGUGAAAUCUCGUCUAAAUUCGUCUUCAUCAACUAAUAGUGCAAUAACACAUACAAAUCAGAUGCAAGCAUUAUCCUCACCGCAAUCUUCAAGUGGAAUUUCAACAACAACAAAUGAAUCUCAACCACAAACACCAAAUCCUGUCAUGAACAGUGCAUCAUCAUCAUCAUCAACAACACUCACGAAUAACAGUCAACAGCAACAACAACAACAACAACAGCAACAACAACAGUUCUCUCAACAGAUGUUACAAGCAUUUUUUCAUGUUCCAAAUACACAACAAGGAGCAGCGUUUUUACUCAAUACUGAAAAUGGUCUUGUUCCAGCAUUUCCGAUACCGCCAGGAAUGUAUCAGAAUCCAAAAUUUCUUGAAAUGUUAGUACAAACUCAACAAAUGCAAUUUUCAAUGGGAUCUGCGUCGAUGCCACACCCAUCAGCAGUAUCGUCACAUGCGGUUUUCUCUCAAUCGAAAAAUAUGAACAAUUUCUCAUCAGAACAUAACCAUUAUCGUUCAUAUAAUAAUUAUCAACAUAAUCAUUCAUUAUCACAGAAUUAUUAUGAUAGACCGCAUGGUUACAGUAGAGGAAAGCAUUGCUAUGCUUGUGGUAAAUUGGGUCACAUUAUGUACAAUUGUCCGGAUUGCUCGGACACUUAUUCAUCGGAUUUAAAUCAUUAUGGUCCAAAGCUGAACUACCGCCCAGAGCAGACAAAUUCACCGAACAAUAGAGAUCUUCGUACACAACGAUUAAAUUUAAAUGUGAAACAUCGGGAUUAA